AUGGACAUCAGCAACACUCGUAUAGCAUUGCAUAACAAAGACCACGAACAAAUCGAACGAAAAGCAUCUAUGGCCACUACUAUUACCACGGCAUCAAGGCCCAUCAUGGCGACCAGAAAGACAAAAUGCAACGAGAUGCACAACAAUAACAACAAAAGGAAAUCAAAAACAAACUUACACAGGAAGCAACACCAUCAGCACCACCACUGUAAACAUAGCAGAAACAACAAAAUCGACAUUAUCAAAGCCGUGGCUGUAGACGAUAAUGUCGUGCCUGAGAAAUCAAAGAAAUCAAAAGAGGGUAUUUGGGUCAGCAGUUGCUGUUUAAUACAGUGGGCAGGGUCAAGCAAGCAGGAUCCCAUAUGA